AAAGCCUUUUUGGACUGUUUUAUGUAUUAUUAAUCUUUCCUAUCUUCUAGGGAGAUUGUCGAACUUAGAGCCGAUACACAAACGUGGUGGGUUGUCCACAAAGAUCGGUUCAAGAAUCCAAUGAAGCAUCAGCAAAGAAUCACCAUUAUUCUCCAUUUUUAUCUUCAUCUCAUCAACAACUAAUCUCUACCAAACUUUUCCCUUUUCUCUUCUUUCAUCUACGACAAAACCCCACCAAAAGAAUCUCCCAAAACACCCUCUAAUUUCUCCUCUUUUUUUUUUUCUUCUUUUGUUGACCUUCUCUGAUUCCUGAAGAAGAACCCAUUUUGGAAUCAAGCUUUGCCUUAAUCUCUAACAGAGACAUUGUUGAAUUAGUUGGCAAUGGGGAGUGUGGUGGGGAAGUUGGAAUCUCCUAGGGAAUGUGUACCAGAAACAAAACUUGAAGCCAAAAUGGUUGAGACAAUGAAACAAAGAGCAACGAAAGGAAGCAUCAUUAGGUCAUUUGAUUGCAUAAUCUUGAAAUUCCCCAAAAUCGAUGAUAGCCUUAGAAACUGCAAAACUAUUUUCCAACAGUUUGAUGAGGAUUUGAAUGGGAUAAUUGAUCGUCGGGAGCUUAAAAAAUGCUUUGACGGGCUGGAGAUUUUGCUUACAGAGGAGGAAAUCGAUGAUCUCUUUGAUGCUUGUGAUAUUAGUACAGCUAUGGGAAUGAAGUUCAAUGAAUUCAUUGUACUUCUCUGCCUUGUCUAUCUUCUCAAGGAUGAUCCCAAUGCUGUAUUUUCUAAAUCCCAAUUCGGAAUGCCAAAAUUGGAGCAGACAUUUGAAUCAUUGGUUGAUGCAUUCGUGUUCUUGGACAAGAAUAAGGAUGGAUACGUAAGCAAGAGCGAGAUGGUAUCUGCAAUAAACGAAACCACGUCGGGAGAACGUUCUUCAGGGCGGAUAGCAAUGAGGAGAUUCGAGGAGAUGGACUGGGACAAAAAUGGAAUGGUAAACUUCAAAGAAUUUCUCUUCGCAUUCACCCGUUGGGUUGGAAUCGACGAGAAUGAGGACGGAGAGGAGGAAGAGGAAGAAUGAAAGAUGAAAAUCAUUUCAUCUUGCAUACGAAACUUCUUUUCCCAAUUCCUCGUUUGAUGAUGGAGAAACUGUCGUGCACAGUAGUGAAAGAAAGGAUGGUGUUUCAUCUGCACUCUGUUGGCCUUUCUCACACAAAAAGUGAACUAGAAGAUAACAAUGGUUUCAAGGCAUUAGUAGUAAAUAAUUGUGUGAACUUGUGAAGAGUAGAAGUCAUAUAAUUUGAAAUGCUAUUGUUGAAGCCAAGCCUGAGCCUUUUUUUUCAAGUGGGGAUUGUUUUUGUUUAUUAUUAUUCUCCAUGGCAGCUUCACUGAUUUUCACUGGAUGGGUUGGAAAGUAGUUGUAUUUUCUUUGGACCUCUCUGACUUGCUCGCAAUAUUAUGGACUCCUUUUCUUCUUAUUCAAAGGGAAACUUCACUUCA